GCAUCUGAUUUCGACACUAUAUAAUUGGUAGAAGAGAGGUGAGAGCACACUCAUUCAACAAUUUCAUAUUCAUCUCUAUUCUUGUCUCUUUCAAUUAUAACCGAGUUCUAACACGAAAAAUGGCUGAGGCACUCAUCUCUGUGCUUCUAGAGCAACUUGCUUUAGUAGUGUUUGAACACACUAAACAAGCGGUGACAAUCGUUUUGAAUGCUGAGGAAGAUGUUCAUAGUUUCAGCAGCAAUCUCAAAGCCAUUCAAGCUGUGCUGGAGGAUGCAGAGAAGAAACAAGUGACGGAGGCCAGGGUGAGAGACUGGUUGCAGAAGCUCAAAAAUGUAUCGUACGAGAUGGACGACGUCCUAGACGAGUGGAACACUGAAAUUUUGAAACAACAAGUGGAGGAAGGCAAGAAGAAGGUAUGUUUCCCCACUCCCGCCAAUUGCUUUUGUUUUGGCCAAGUCAAUAAUGCAAUUCAUCAUCAUAACAUUGCUAGAAGCAUAAAGAAUCUGAAUGAGAAACUAACUAUGAUUGUUGCUGAAAAAGAAAAGUAUGACUUUCAUCUAUCCACAAUACAUGGCACAGAUGAGCAGCUUAUUCAACGGCAGAAAACUUCAUCUCUGGUUGAUAUAUCUACGAUAUUUGGCCGAGAAGAAGAAAAAGAGUAUUUGUUGAGCAAGUUGUUGAGAGAGAGUAACCAGGAUAGGGGGAGGUUCCUUGUCAUCCCUAUUGUAGGGAUGGGAGGGAUGGGGAAAACGACUCUUGCCCAAUUAGCCUAUAACAAUGAAAAGGUUAAGUCCCAUUUUCACAAGAAAGUAUGGGUUUGUGUCUCAGACCCUUUUGACGAGAUUAAAAUUGCCAAAGCGAUCAUUGAGAAUCUAGAUAAAAAUGAAAGCCAAAGAAAUUCAGAUGAGUUGGAAACUCUACUGUUAUGUAUAAGGACACAUGUUGAGAAAAAGAAGUUCCUCCUCGUUCUAGAUGAUGUGUGGACCGAAGACAAAACCAAGUGGGAAAGUUUGAAAUUAUCAGUAAUAAUGCAAAGUUGUGAAGAAGGGAGUAGAAUACUGGUUACCACACGAAAACAAGGGGUUGCUGAAAUGAUGAGAGCAACUAGUAGCAUGAUCCAUUUAGACAAGUUGAGCGAUAGGGAUUGUCUAGCAUUGUUCAGUAGCAUCGCAUUUUUCGAAAGGCAAGAAGAUGAGGCUAAUGGAUUUGGAGCUAUUGGUGAGGAAAUUGUGAAAAAGUGUAAAGGUUUGCCUCUUGCUGCAAAGACUUUAGGUAGUCUAGUGUGGUGUAAGAAAACAAGAGAGGAAUGGCAGGAUGUUCUGAACAGUAAGAUAUGGGAAUUAGAAGAAGUUGAGGAACAAGUUUUCCGACCACUUUUACUUAGUUAUUAUGAUUUGGCCCCUGCAGUCAAAAGAUGUCUUCUGUAUUGUGCAAUAUUUCCGAAAGAUUAUGAGUUAGGAAAAGAUAAUUUGAUUGAGGUUUGGAUGUCACAAGAUUAUCUUAAUUCAAAGGGAAAAAAAGAAAAGAGAAGAAUAGGUCAAUAUUAUUUUGAAAGUCUAUCAAUGCGGUCUUUCUUUCAAGAUUUUAGAAAAGAUGAGAUGGGAAAUGUUUAUGGGUGCAAAAUGCAUGAUAUUGUGCAUGAAUUUGUGCAAUUUCUUACCCAAAAUGAAUGCAUUAUUAUAGAAGCGGUUGAGGGUGUUAAUCAAAGAAUAGAGCUAUUGGGUGAUAAGGUUCGUCAUUUGACCUUAAUAAGUGUACCCGAAGGUCCACUUCCUACUUCGUGUCACAGAUGUAAAAAUAUGCGUAGCCUUAUACUCCUUAAUUCAAAAAUUACAACCAUAAGCUCCGGUUCAAUUAUGCAAAUGAAAUGCCUUAGGACAUUGAAUUUGAGUGGUAACAUGCUCAAUGAAGUUCCAAAAGAGAUUGGUGAAUUGAUUCAUUUGAGAUAUAUGGAUUUGUCUGGUAAUGAGGCUUUGAAAGAAUUACCGGAUGCUAUUUGUGAUUUAUACAAUCUACAAACUCUGGUCCUGGGGUGGUGUGAUAAGCUUGAGAAACUACCCAAGGCAAUGGGAAAGUUGAUUAACUUGAAGCAUCUAUAUGUUGAUGCUUGUAAUAAGCUAAGGUACUUACCGAAAGGGAUUGGGAGUUUGAAAAGUCUGCAAGUACUAGACAUGUUUUAUGUAUGUGAGGUUGAUGAUGAAGCAUUGAAAUUAGGAGAUCUCAGAAUCAUGGACCAGCUUCAGGGGAGCCUUUCUAUAAGAUAUUUGGGGAAAGAUGAUGCGAGUGAGAUUGAGAAAGCACAGUUGAGGAAUAAGGAGCACCUCUCUCAUUUGGGAGUAUAUUUCCAUGACAAUGAAGAUGAAGAUGCAGUGCAGAGAAAAGGUGAUGAAGAAAUACUAAAUGCAUUGCAACCACAUCAAAAUUUGGAAUCUUUAACCAUUGACUAUUGCCAUUGCACCACCAAGUCUCUCAAUUGGAUCAAGUCUUUACACAAUUUGAGAGAAGUUUAUCUCUUUAGUUGGAAAUUUUGUGAACUUUUGCCUCCUCUUGGAAAACUGCCAUCGCUUGAAAUUCUGGGAAUAUCGGGGAUGAAGAAAGUGAAAAAGGUGGGAGUUGAAUUUGUGGGAAUAGAAGAAGAAGAAGAAGUCUCAGGAAUUCUAUUCCCCAAAUUGAAACGACUCACUUUUUAUGGAAUGGAGAACUGGGAAGAGUGGGCCUUUCUUUCUGAAAUCACAUUAAUGCCAGGCCUUUCUGAGUUGCGAAUUCUGUACUGCCCAACGCUAAAAGCACUACCAGAGUUCCUCUACAAGAUAACAACACUGCGUACUUUGGAGAUCCGGUGCUGUUCAAUUCUGGAACGAGAAUACCAUACAGGCGUGGGGAAGGAGUGGCACAACAUUUCUCACAUCCCAAACGUCUCAAUUACUCCAUGGUAGUGAACAGCAAAUCCAACCAGCCUAUAAUUCCGUUCAGGCUUGUUCAACUUUCUUAAGAUGAUUCAACUCCAACCCAAACUGAUGAACAGAUUCUCAGAGCAAAUCAUUUUUCCUUCGAUGAGGAUGUUCUCUAUCUCUUUAAUUACUAGGCGUGCUUCUAUCUCUAUCCAUGUCCUCUGAUGGAUUCACACUGCAGUCAGGUUCUUCAUGAAGAACUUGCAAACGCAAAUGGAAUGUGUGCAAGUCAGUCAGGAUACGUAUGCUAGCUAGAUACACUUUAGGGACCACAUUGAAGCUUCUAGGACUAAGAAUGUCAUUGGAGUUGUUGGGGAUAUGGAAUGGACUAUUCUUCAGUCGCUUAAAUGUUUCAUAGGACGGAACAUGUAUCAGGCGGACUUUCACCACAAAGGAAAUUUGGUAUGCAUUUGACUGAUUGAAGUGGCCCUUAACUCAAUAUGUUAUCAAUAUCUUAAGCAAUCCAAUGUACGUAAUACUGAAAGGCUUCAAAUUACGCACUUUCUAGUUGUGAAACUAAUUGGCUAUGUUUGAUAUCUAAUUUCCAUGGCAUCGGUUUUAGUGUCUUAGGCGGAAUCUUUUUGUGAAAGGGACGUUAAUGUUGAUUGAGAUUUGGUAGAUGGGACUUGAAAGAUUUUGUAUAAUCUGCAUCCUAACAAUAAACAUGGAGCCCGAUAAAUGGUGUAAACUCAGACUGAAAGAUUUAUUGGACAUCCUCUAGUACCAAACCCUGCCACCUCACCAUCAUCGAAGGAUAAAGGAUUUGAAAUGCAAAAUCAGUUGAAGUUAAAUGGUGGUUUAGUAACUGGAGCUACAAGACUCUGUUGAGUGACGUUGGUUGCUUAUUUGUUGAAGCACCAAUUGAUCAGUAACUCCCACUGGAGAAAUGAACACAUUGUAGGAAGUAGGAUUAUCAAGCGGUGGUGGUACACACCAAAAAGAUGGUAUCCAUUCGACUCGUUGAUGUGGCUCUUACAUAUACUAGGCUGAAGCUUUUUGUUGAAUGGUUAAAGGGAGUUGGAAGCUGUUUGUGCAAUCUGUAUCAUAUAGUAGCCACGGUAAAUGUAUUCUGAAAGAUUCGUUGGACAUCGUCUCACUCAAACUCUGCCAACAUCAUCAUCGUCGAAGGAUAAGGGAUUUGAGGAUACAAAAAGUUGAAGGUAAAAGUUGGUUCAGUAAUUGGAGUUGCAGGAUUAUGUUAGUAUGGUAAAUUGUUUCAUUUCCUUGUAGUUCAUGUCUGGUGUGUGUUACAUAUUCUUUUGUUAACAGCUUUGUUUUUCCAUAUUUACUUUUUCAAUCAAGUUCCCAUAAAAAAUUUCUUUUGUUUCAUAUUUUCCACCAGAUUCAAAGUUCUGUUAGUAACUUAACAUAAUUACUCCUUCUGCACAGGGGGGAAAAAAAAAAAUCUCCUCCACAAAAUUUUACAGUUAAUUGAACUUCUGAAGCCCAAGUUCAUCCAAGCUGAUUUUCCAAUGCAGUAUGGCGAGAGCUAUGGACUAUUGCUUUUCAUCAUGUGCUUAAUAUAUGAUUUAAAAGUACAUUAUGUUAUAUUCUUAUGUUUCAAGAUAGAAGAAUUGCAUCAAUACACUUGAAUGUCAUAUAUUAUGUAAAAGAAGAAAGCUACAUAUUAGUUGAAGGGAUUUGGUGAACUGCUUGCUAACUUACAGUGGUUACUAUAUCUUAUACUUCAUUUCAUCAGCCUCUAGAGUCCUGUCUAAAUAAAGAUUGCAUAUUUGAGCCUCUAGUAUAAUGCAUUUGAUUUUCGUCCAUUGAUUUGAUGAUGAUACU